CGGGCCGGCGCACGGUCGAUACCUGCCGCGCGCAACGCACGGCCAUGCUGCACGACUCGUGCACGUGCAAGCGGCUUCGUGCUGCCGUCUGAGUGCUAGUGGUCGCGUCCCGGCGUGUUGUGCCUCAGUCUGUACAUGUGCAACUUUACAGUGCUAAGGUGUACAAUAAUGCAGCGGUCAAAUGGAUUCUAGCUUAGGCGGUUCGACAGCCGAUUCAUGUCUUGCGCUGCAUCCACACGCUAUGCUAAUCAAAAGACGUGAGCGCGGGGGCGAGCGGCGGCGGUGCGCGGGCGCGGUGUCGCGCGGCAUGCGGCCCCGCCCGCUGCUGCUGCUGUUGCUGCUGGCGUUGCUGCGCGCGCACGGCCUGCUCGCCACGUCCGGAGAAGAUUACACAGUGGACGAUUCGUUCUGGAAUGAAGAAAACCCAAUUGAAGAAGUGGAGCGGCUGUUGCGCGAAUACACCCAGAAUCAGGAACUGGUCCGGAACAUUGGAGCCCACUACUACCAGAUCAUCUACCCGGUGCAGUUGCGACACCACGAGAAGAUGGGCAUAUCGACGCGGGAGGUGAAUACGCCGAAGGGUCGCUAUGGGCAGGAAUACCAGGGAGUCAGCCGACCACGCUCAAGAACUGGCAAGCACUACCAUCGCACAUCGCUCCUCAUCAAAGCCUUCAACCAUAAAUUCAGAUUGGAUCUAGAGCUUAACACGCAACUGCUUGCACCGAAUUUACGUCAAACCAUCUAUCUACCGAACGGGGCCGAGAGCGAGAUCAGAACGGAGAUCGAGCACUGCUACUACCACGGCACGGUGAAGGACUACCCGGGCGCGUCCGCUGCGUUCCAUACCUGCAACGGUGUCUCCGGCGUCAUCCACAUUGGGAACGAGACGUUCGUGAUACACCCAUUCUACGGCGGCGAUCUAUCGUUCAGCGAGUAUCCUAAACAAAACAUGAAACGCCCACAAUUCCGUAGAUUCGACCGCGACGCGUUUCAUUAUUGCUAA